AUGAUGAGCAUCUCUUAUGCUAAGAAGAAAACAGGCCGAGACUCUGUAGGUUCUGUUGAAGGUGUUAUAGUGAUCAUCAAUGAUAUAGGCUACAACAGUGGUCAACUCACAAUAACAGAUAACAUCAACGAGUCUGAUAUGAUAAUAACCAUUGCAGCAGUUCCCCCGCCAGUCAAUGCCACAAGUGGCAGUGAGGAAACUGGUGAAGAAGCUACACAUGCAGCUGCAGUCUCAAUUAUGGUCCAGAUUAUCAUGCUGGGAAUAUCGUUCCUUGUAGGACAUAUGCUUAGACGCAACAAGAUUAUGGUGAUUCACGAGGCUGGAACUGCGCUUGGGCUUGGGGUUCUUGUUGGACUGUUCGUACGCCUUGUCGGACAAGCACAAGGUUUCAGGUCAUGGAUUAAUUUUAACGAAAAAUUUUUCUUUUAUUUUUUGCUCCCCCCGAUCAUAUUUGAGUCAGGCUGGAGUUUGCGCAGUAAACCAUUUUUCCACAACUUCGGAGCCAUAUGUGUCUUUGCAUUUUUAGGAACCGCUAUCUCUACGUUUGGUGUUGGAAUUCUCAUUUACAUUUUUGGAACUCUCAAUUGGACUUACUCAAUGCCAUUUUUAGCUUGUCUUGCUUAUGGUGCUCUGAUAUCAGCAACCGACCCUGUCACUGUCCUUGCAAUUUUUCAUGCUUUGGGAGCAGAUGCUAAUUUAUAUGCUUAUGUCUUUGGAGAGUCAGUGCUUAACGAUGCUGUGGCUAUUGUCAUGUAUAAGACAGUUCUCUCCUUUAUCAAGCAUCCAGAAAGCACGGGCAUUUUUAGUGCAUUUUGGUUUUUCAUUGCGAUUUUUAUUGGAUCUUUUUCAAUUGGUGUACUGACGUCUAUGCUUAGUGCGGUCAUGUUUAGGCAUUGUGGCCUUCAAGAAAAAGGGCUUGCUAUUCUAGAAUCAUGUCUUAUGGCACUAUUUCCCUAUCUUGCAUACAAUAUGGCAGAUGCUCUUGAACUAUCUGGGAUCGUAGCAAUACUAUUUGCAGGCAUUACGAUGAAGUAUUAUACUGCUCCUAAUCUCUCAUCAGAAGCACAACAAAUUACAACAAGUUUUUUUGGAAUGCUUUCAAAACUUUCUGAGACAUUUGUGUUUAUCUAUAUGGGUGUGGCUCUUUUCCUAGAAGAACAGAGCUGGAACAACUUUGGGUUCACAGUGUUCACAAUUAUCAGUAUAUUGGUUGCAAGAGCAUGGAAUGUCUAUCCUUGUGCUGCCCUGGUCAACAAUUUUAGAGAACCAGCAAGACAGAUACCCAUGAAUCAACAGCACGCUCUUUGGUACGGUGGUUUACGAGGAGCUAUGGCCUUUGCGUUGGCAUUGCAGUCUGUUCAGGACAUCCCUGAUCAUCAUGGGCGGGUGAUGCUAACCGCUACAAUGUUCACAAUAUUUUUCACGGUUAUACUGAUUGGUGGCACAACGUACUACGCGCUUAUGUAUUUAAAUAUUGAAUGUCAUGGACCAGAUUAUCAUGGAGCAGAGGAAACAAUUGAAUAUGAUUGUAAUGUUGAUGGCUUUGGCAUUAAGGCUUUGAAAAAGCAGAAAGCACUAAUCAAGAAUAAGCUGCGAAAGCUGAAGAAUUAUGAGUUCGUUAUUUCAACCCCUUUCUUUCGUGGCUGA